AUGGAACACUUCAUCUUAUGGUCCCGUUACGCCACUCGCUUGGCCUCAGAGCCUUCACGAAUAGGGCUUUGCGCACUGCGGCGAGCCUGCGCCGCAACCAAGCUUGCCCGGUGCCUCCUCCCCGCCUUCCCGCGCGGAUUGGUGGCAGGCGGCACCCAGACUACUGAUUGGGUAGUGAAGGAGCCAUUCGGGACGGCUCUGAAGGAAUCCGGCAGCCCUGGCGGGUUGCAGUUGGGGGCCGUCCCGUGCGGAGCCGAGCCUGCGGUCGGGGCGGGCCGUGGCGCGGGUGUGCUGCGACGGCGGGGAGCGUGGCGGGGCGGCGCGCGCCGCGGCGGGGAGGGACGCGGGCCGGCGGUGAAGGCCCGGCCGUUGGCGCGGGACCAGCCGAGGCACAGGAGUCCCGGGGCCCGACCUCCCUGUGGGGAGGUACGUGGAGCUCCUGUGUCAGCCGGGAGCGAAGGGCCCUCCCAGCGGGCCCCGCCUGGGACGGGAGAGGGAGAACAAGGACUUAGGUUCUUCCGUCCGGAGGCAAGGGAACGGAGAGGCGUCUGUCAGUCCCUUGGGGGUUUACGGGGCGGGAGGGAGCCGGCUUGGAGGCGGCUGGUGGGCAGGAGGCUGCCCUCCUGCCUGGAGAACAAAGAGCCGGGCGUGGGGGCGGCCUCCGCUCCCCGCCACCGAGGCUUGUUCCCGGCGGCUUCGCAGGAAGGUUGUCGGAAGCACUUCCCUAAGUCAAGCUUGGCCGCCAAAGUGGAGAGUGCGAUUGCAGAAGGGGGUGCUUCUCGUUUCAGUGCUUCUUCGGGCGGAGGAGGAAGUAGGGGUGCACCUCAGCACUAUCCCAAGACUGCUGGCAACAGCGAGUUCCUGGGGAAAACCCCAGGGCAAAACGCUCAGAAAUGGAUUCCUGCACGAAGCACUAGACGAGAUGACAACUCCGCAGCAAACAACUCCGCAAAUGAAAAAGAACGACAUGAUGCAAUCUUCAGGAAAGUAAGAGGCAUACUAAAUAAGCUUACUCCUGAAAAGUUUGACAAGCUAUGCCUUGAGCUCCUCAAUGUGGGUGUAGAGUCUAAACUCAUCCUUAAAGGGGUCAUACUGCUGAUUGUGGACAAAGCCCUAGAAGAGCCAAAGUAUAGCUCAUUGUAUGCUCAGCUAUGUCUGCGGUUGGCAGAAGAUGCACCAAACUUUGAUGGCCCAGCAGCAGAGGGUCAGCCAGGACAGAAGCAAAGCACAACAUUCAGACGCCUCCUAAUUUCCAAAUUACAAGAUGAAUUUGAAAAUCGAACCAGAAAUGUUGAUGUCUAUGAUAAGCGUGAAAAUCCCCUCCUCCCCGAGGAGGAGGAACAGAGAGCUAUUGCUAAGAUCAAGAUGUUGGGGAACAUCAAAUUCAUUGGAGAACUUGGAAAGCUUGAUCUUAUUCAUGAAUCUAUCCUUCAUAAGUGCAUCAAAACACUUUUGGAAAAGAAGAAGAGAGUCCAACUCAAAGAUAUGGGAGAGGAUUUGGAGUGCCUCUGUCAGAUAAUGAGGACAGUGGGACCUAGAUUAGACCAUGAACGAGCCAAGUCCUUAAUGGAUCAGUACUUUGCCCGAAUGUGUUCCUUGAUGUUAAGUAAGGAAUUGCCAGCGAGGAUUCGUUUCCUGCUGCAGGACACCGUAGAGUUGCGAGAACACCACUGGGUUCCUCGCAAGGCUUUUCUUGACAAUGGACCAAAGACGAUCAAUCAAAUCCGUCAAGAUGCAGUAAAAGAUCUAGGGGUGUUUAUUCCUGCUCCUAUGGCUCAAGGGAUGAGAAGUGACUUCUUUCUGGAGGGGCCGUUCAUGCCGCCCAGGAUGAAAAUGGAUAGGGACCCACUUGGAGGACUUGCCGAUAUGUUUGGACAAAUGCCAGGUAGCGGAAUUGGUACUGGUCCAGGAGUUAUCCAGGAUAGAUUUUCACCCACCAUGGGGCGUCAUCGUUCAAAUCAACUCUUCAAUGGCCAUGGGGGACACAUCAUGCCUCCCACCCAGUCGCAGUUUGGAGAGAUGGGAGGCAAGUUUAUGAAAAGCCAGAUUAGCCUGAGGCCUGCUCAGUCAUUCCUAAUGAAUAAAAAUCAAGUGCCAAAGCUUCAGCCCCAGAUAACUAUGAUUCCUCCUAGUGCACAACCACCACGCACUCAAACACCACCUCUGGGACAGACACCUCAGCUUGGUCUCAAAACUAAUCCACCACUUAUCCAGGAAAAGCCUGCCAAGACUAGUAAAAAGCCACCACCAUCAAAGGAAGAACUACUUAAACUAACUGAAACUGUUGUGACAGAAUAUCUGAAUAGUGGAAACGCAAAUGAAGCUGUCAAUGGUGUGAGAGAAAUGAGGGCUCCUAAACAUUUUCUUCCUGAGAUGUUAAGCAAAGUAAUCAUCCUGUCACUGGAUAGAAGCGAUGAAGAUAAAGAAAAAGCAAGUUCUUUGAUCAGUUUACUCAAGCAGGAAGGAAUAGCCACAAGUGACAACUUCAUGCAGGCUUUCCUGAAUGUACUGGACCAGUGCCCCAAACUAGAGGUUGACAUCCCCUUGGUGAAAUCAUACUUAGCACAGUUUGCAGCUCGUGCCAUCAUUUCAGAGCUGGUGAGCAUUUCAGAACUAGCUCAACCACUGGAAAGUGGCACCCAUUUUCCUCUCUUCUUACUUUGUCUUCAGCAAUUAGCUAAGUUACAAGAUCGAGAAUGGUUAACCGAACUUUUUCAACAAAGCAAGGUCAAUAUGCAGAAAAUGCUCCCAGAAAUUGAUCAGAAUAAGGACCGCAUGUUGGAGAUUUUGGAAGGAAAGGGACUGAGUUUCUUAUUCCCACUUCUCAAAUUGGAGAAGGAACUGUUGAAGCAAAUAAAGUUGGAUCCAUCCCCUCAAACCAUAUAUAAAUGGAUUAAAGAUAACAUCUCUCCCAAACUUCAUGUAGAUAAAGGAUUUGUGAACAUCUUAAUGACUAGCUUCUUACAGUAUAUUUCUAGUGAAGUAAACCCACCCAGUGAUGAAACAGAUUCUUCCUCUGCUCCUUCCAAAGAACAGUUAGAGCAAGAGAAACAACUGCUGCUUUCUUUCAAGCCAGUAAUGCAGAAAUUCCUUCAUGAUCACGUUGAUCUGCAAGUCAGUGCCCUAUAUGCCCUUCAGGUGCACUGCUACAAUAGCAACUUCCCAAAAGGCAUGUUACUCCGUUUUUUUGUUCACUUCUAUGACAUGGAAAUUAUUGAAGAAGAAGCCUUCUUGGCUUGGAAAGAAGAUAUAACCCAAGAGUUUCCGGGGAAAGGCAAGGCUUUGUUCCAGGUGAAUCAGUGGUUAACCUGGCUAGAAACUGCUGAAGAAGAAGAAUCAGAGGAAGAAGCUGACUAAAGAACCAGCCAAAGCCUUAAAUUGUGCAAAACAUACUGUUGCUAUGAUGUAACUGCAUUUGACCUAACCACUGCGAAAAUUCAUUCCGCUGUAAUGUUUUCACAAUAUUUAAAGCAGAAGCACGUCAGUUAGGAUUUCCUUCUGCGUAAGGUUUUUUUGUAGUGUAUGUCUUAAUCAUAGUCUACCAUCAAAUAUUUUAGGAGUAUCUUUAAUGUUUAGAUAGUAUAUUAGCAGCAUGCAAUAAUUACAUCAUAAGUUCUCAAGCAGAGGCAGUCUAUUGCAAGGACCUUCUUUGCUGCCAGUUAUCAUAGGCUGUUUUAAGUUAGAAAACUGAAUAGCAACACUGAAUACUGUAGAAAUGCACUUUGCUCAGUAAUACUUGAGUUGUUGCAAUAUUUGAUUAUCCAUUUGGUUGUUACAGAAAAAUUCUUAACUGUAAUUGAUGGUUGUUGCCGUAAUAGUAUAUUGCCUGUAUUUCUACCUCUAGUAAUGGGCUUUAUGUGCUAGAUUUUAAUAUCCUUGAGCCUGGGCAAGUGCACAAGUCUUUUUAAAAGAAACAUGGUUUACUUGCACAAAACUGAUCAGUUUUGAGAGAUCGUUAAUGCCCUUGAAGUGGUUUUUGUGGGUGUGAAACAAAUGGUGAGAAUUUGAAUUGGUCCCUCUUAUUAUAGUAUUGAAAUUAAGUCUACUUAAUUUAUCAAGUCAUGUUCAUGCCCUGAUUUUAUAUACUUGUAUCUAUCAAUAAACAUUGUGAUACUUGA